UGAUUGUGAGGCCGGGGUGAGACGGCGAUUGAUGGACUUCUGUGAUGUGUGAUGAGUUGCGGUAUUCGUUUUGAUGGUGACACUAGAUAGAAGUGAUUCUUUUAACGUGAAAACCUUGACUGUCUUGACUGAUCACGAUGGCGGAUUGUCCGCCUGCUGAUGAAAUGGACUCUUUCUGGUACCAGAAAGAAAAAAAAUUAGACAGACUUCUGCCAUACUUUGAUUCUGACAAGUUCAACGACGAAUCUCAAGCAAUAUUUGACCAAAUUAAAGUGAAUUUGGGUAAAGCCAUUGUCUAUGGCGGUGCAGCAACCAGUUAUUGGGCGGGACGCCUUAACAAGUUCACAAGUGUUUAUGGGUUGCGCAUUUCCAAGAAAGAUCAUGCUGCAUUGGUCAAGCUACUCUUUGACACAAUUGUUAUGCCUGGAACCGAGGAAGCUCUUGCCUCAGAGCUCAUUAUGACACUUCUCACACUGAUCAAGCAUGAAGAACUCCUAUCUCCUCAGGAUGUUCAAUUGCCCUGGCAACCUUUGUAUGAGUUUUAUAGGCGUAUUGUUAAGCAGCCUGUUCGCUUCUUCCCCAGAGAGUUCUUGGAAGUACUGCACACAUUUAUCAAAAGUGUUAACAAAUUUUUCCCUGUGGAGUCCACUGCUCAAAUUCUGGAUACUAUUAUGCCUCUUAUAUCGCCCCUUGACAAGAAGAGUUUGUCCACCCACUUAAAUGAGUUGUGUCUGUUCUUGCCAACCAUGCCUCAUCAUGCAGAGAAGGGACAGGGCUACCUACUGUGGAUGAAUGACUUGCUUUCAAUGUGGGACUCUUGUAAUAACUCAGCCACUGUGAAUCAUAACUUAAUGGCGCUUAUGGCAAGACUAGCCAAACGCAAUGUAGGCCGUGUUGACUGGGAACCGCAUGUGGCCGUUAUGUUUACUCGCAUCAUGAGAAGUCUCAAACUUCCUGUUCUGUACAAGUCUGCUGUUGUACCUCGGUCCCCAUAUUCUGAAAGCCUUGACAUUCAGCAUUCCUCACUUUGGAUUAUUGCUUGUUUGGGUGGUGGAAGCUCUGCUCAGAAGCAUCUCACUGAUAUGCUGAGAGCUGUAGAGUCCUACUUCAAUCCUGCAAACACUGGGAGUUGGGUGGCUGCUAAUAAACUUAGGAAUGUUGUAUUUUCUUUACCUGACGCUUUUGUCAAACGACUUUUCUAUGAACGAAAAAAAGAACUCAAAUGGCUGACGCCUAUUCCGAAGGAAAAAUGUCUGACUGAAGAUGAUAUAACUGCCUUUGUUGAGUCCAUGUGCCCAAUUGUGAACCAAGUUCUUAUUGGACAUAUUGCAUCCCUAACGAGUGCAUUUCAAAGGGUUCUCUUUUGUUUGGCUUGGUUGCGUCCUGCAAUUAUCAUCCCCCCUAUUAUAGAGAGAUUGAUGACUGCAAUUACAAGUGAGACAGAGCCUCUACGAGUUUCUGCGGCUCUGGCGAGUUUAAGUGCUGUCAUGCGACCAAUGAUUGAAGGUGCUCGCCUAGGGUAUCCAGAAGGUCCCUUGCAGGUCACAAAUCUGUUGACCACUAUUAUACCUAUGGUUGACUUUAAUGACCCAAUGAAAGCACGAUGCACAAUUUUAAUUCUGGAGAGACUUUUGAAGUUUGUGCCACUAAUUGAUUCUUCCAAAGAAAUUGGGUUGCACCCUAAUAUGACACAGGAAGAGGAAGAACUGUGCCGUUCAACUGCAGAAUUUAAAGACUGUCUUAUGUUGAUGGUAGACCGUGUUCUGUCACUGGUUCAUUUUUCUUCAUCAUCAACACUUGUUUCUUUUGAUAUAAGGGUGCAGACUAUGACAGUGUCGGUGUUUCGUCUGACCCUUGUUCAAACACCUCCCGAAUUUUUCAAAGCUGCCCUCAACAAGCUGCAUCAUUUUGUGACUGAUAAUAUAUCCCCUGGACCAAUGCUUAGUCCCAUAGUUGAGGCUUUUGUGCAUGUAAAUGCUGAAGAGACAUGGAAAAUUUUGUUGCCAUCAGUUACUGAAGCAAUUUUGAAUAUUACUGAAACAGAGAACAUUAAAUCUGAACAAACAUUAAGUAGUGAACUAAUGCACCAUCUGGGAUUACUAAAAGAUUUGUUAGCCAUGGGGCCUCUGAACAAACUGAUUCCUUAUAUGCCAGUUUUAAACAAAGUACUUGAAGCCACUCUUCAUUUGGAAAACCUUGAAGGCCACACACUAGCUGUUCAAAUUUGGGAACGAAUCAUAACUUUGGCCAAUAAAAUGGUCAUUUCUAAUUUCCGGAGCUCUGAGGCACCUUAUGACUCCCCACCAGGAGCUCAUCUUCACAUUCGAGAGUGGGGCAAGUCAGUCCCUGUCAAAAUGAUAAAAGCAGAGUGGAUUAUUCCAGAUGAAGAAGCUAUUUCCUGUAUCCAAAAGUUAAUCAACAAGUUCUUGCCUGCUGAAAUCCAAACCAUUAAUAAUUUUAUCAUGGACAGUGACAAAGUGACAAAGGAAAAUCUCCAACAAGCCCUCCGCAUAACAAAGUCUGUGCUGGAAUGUCAGCUCCUUUUGCCAUUCUGGAAUGAGUCACCUCUACAAUUUGAUGAAUCCUUUGUUGCUGACCUGAAGGGUUUUAGAGUCGAAACUGGUUUAAAAGGAGAGAUUACAAUGAUUGAUGGUUCUAAUAUGCGCCACUCUUUGAUAGCUCUCAUGGAACGUUUGCAGGAAAAAUUACUCAUUAAUUCUGAAGAUGAUACUACAUCCUGUUGUGUCUUGAUUGAGAUUUGGAGGAAACUUCUUUUUCUUUCAGUCAAGCAAGAGCGAACUUACCGAUCCAUGGCCCAUUGGGAAAGAGAUCCUAUGUCACUUCCCAAUCUUCCACGCUUAACUCUACUUUAUGGAGCCAAUGAGCAUGCUAUUAAGCGUUGUGCUUUCUUUGCCACACCUCUUACCUCAACACACACUCGAGGAUUGCUAUGCAUACUGAAACUUGCCACAAGUCAUUACAGCAAGGUAAGAGUUUGGGCGCAACACUUAUUAGAUGAAUUUGAAGAUCACUAUAAUGGAGCCCUUGUGCAAAACUUACUGCAACCGUAUCUUUUGUCCAACUUGAAAGUUGACAGCGUGGAGCAGCAUGAACUUUUUAAGGGUACUCUGUAUGUUAUGACUGGGCUAAGCUGCCUUUACAAUUGGAAGAUGUCAAGUGAACUGUGGGUAGCUUUGGUUAAUUCCAAGCCAACUGAAAAACUCUCUGUGAUCAGAAAAAUUGGAGAUAUAACAAAAGCAAUGCUUUCUGGCCAGACUGAAAAUGUUCAGCGAGAGGUGUCAGACCAGGUGCAGGAGUCUAUUUUGAUGUUAUGUUGUGUAGGCUACAAAACAAAACAGCCAUUAAUUGACCGUAGCUACCUAGUGUCAAUCAUCCAGGAACAAACUAAAUCCAAUGUAAAGCGCCUUCAAAAGUGGCAUGAUUUGCAAAUGCAGUUAGUUAGUGCCACAGAAUCUGGUACAUUGCAUUGGAGACAUUCAUAUUUAGCCAUAGGAUGUUUGAGGAGACUCAUUUACACCCUUAAAGAGAGAGCCUCAGCCACCGCUGUUAAAUGCUUACUCCAGUGCUUAGUUAGUGACAACAUUCAUAUUCGAAAGGCUGCUCCACUUGGUUUAGCCAUGAUUUUACAACAACAAAAACAGGAGACAAAGUUUGUCACCUUGAAGUGCUCAUCAGUAUUUCCGCCCGAUGGUCCAAAAGGGACAGGUGAUAAUAGAAAAAAUGGUUCUUGGCUUCAGUACGACGUGAGUGUGUGUCCAUCAUCAAAUAAAGAUUGGGAUGGAUUAAAUUUUAUCCACAAAGAACAUCUUGGUUACAUCAAAUGGCCAGAAGAAAUUAAAGUUCCUAGUCCAAAUACUAAGCAGCCACCAUUUGAUGAUCCAGAACGAAUUUUACCAGAUGAUGAGAAAGAAGUGGAUGCCUUUUUUCAAAACGAAAAGAAUGUUGCCUCUCUUGUGUCUUAUAUGGCAUUAGAAAAGUCGACCUUUGAUGACUGUUAUGUGUUGUUUAGUAAACUCUUCCGUAAUACGGGAGACAAGUAUCUACCACUUUUCCAACCACACAUUGAGAGUCUCUUGGAUCAGAAACUGGAAACCCAACAGAUGUUCCUCUUUGCACUUUUAGCAGGUAUAAUUCAUGGAACUAAGCGCUGGUCAUACGAUAAGUUGGUGGCCCUUUGGGAUUGGCUAGCUCCAGUUAUUGUGGCAGCUCAUGAGAAUUUGUGUGUAGUGGAUGAUCGUACCCUCAGCCUGAUUCCAAGCAUGCGGAAACGUGAUCCAUUUACUCAAUAUUGGUUAAUAGAAAUAUUGAUGGAUGAUCCAUUGCGCGAAGAUGCCUCUGUCCUUGGAUGUCGGAGACUUGAUUUAAUAUCUAGUAUCUUGUUAAUGAAGAACUGGCGUGUCAUAUCUUUGGCACACCGUGCUUUAGAUUAUGUGAAACCCUAUCUUUCGCACCACCUUAAGAAUGUCCGAAACAGUGUGGGCAGGCUUCUAGGUAAAGUUUUUCAUACUGAUUUUCAAUUACCUGGUGCCAAUCAAACUUUGGGACCACACAUAGAUGACUUCAUAGCAUCCGUCGUACCUCAAUUGGAAGUUUUGAAAUCUCUCAACAUAACUGUAAAUUCCAGCAAUGCAGGGAAGAAUAAUAGUGUAGGCAUAGAUGACGUGACUGAACAGCUGGGGAGAGUUGAAGUCAGUAGUUCAGAACAUGACAAUGCAUUACGACUCUUUGAAACAGUUUCUGUAUGCAUGCAACAAAUGUUGAGGGACUCUCCUGCUGCUAUGUACCCUUGUUUUUAUCAACUACUUGAACCUAGCAUUCUUCUGGAAAAUGUGGCAAAGGACAAAGACCUUCGACAAAUUUGUGAGAAAAAUAUAGCUCUCCUUGCCUCAGCUUUCACUAAACCUAGUUGUAUUCCUGUUGUUCUGGAAGCAAUUUAUAAGGUUGACAACCACCCAUCAUGGGCUAUGAGAGUGUCAUGUCUAGGCUUUCUUCAAGUUCUAGUUUUCCAAAACAUGCCUAUAUUUGCCUCCCAGUCUGAUUGGACAGAAAAGGUAAUUGAUUUAGUUGUUCUUCGUCUGGAUGAUUCUUGGCUGGAGGUUCAGCAUAAAGCAGGUGAAGUACUAAGUGGAAUGUUGCAUUGUCACUUUAUUCCACAUCCUCUAAAACUGAUGGAAAGGUUUAAAGAAAAGGCCAAUAUUCGCUUGUCCCGUAAAGCACCAGAUCCAUCAAAACUACGUACCCGCCAUGCUGGUAUUAUUGGUCUCUGUGCUUAUGUUAGAGCUUUUCCGUAUGAUGUCCCUGAUUUCGUCCCUGAUGUGAUUGGUAUAUUAGGUGACCACCUGAAUGAUCCUCACCCAAUAUCUAAAACAAUUCGUGACACACUCAGCAGUUUCCAACGGACUCACAUUGGUCAAUGGCAUUUGCAUAGACGCUGCUUCACAGAAGAUCAAUUGAAUGCUUUAAGUAAUAUGGUGCUACCUCCAUCCCAUUAUGUUUAGAUAAAAAUUACAUCAAUAUAAGAUAAUUUUUUGUACUGAUGUUCAAGCAGUUUUUAAAACAUUUAACAGAUUCGGAAGAACCAACACUUAUGUUUUCUUAAGUUAUAUAUGUUGUUUUAAUUAUAUACAUAAAUUGGUGGUUAAGGUUGUUAUGAAUGAUCACUAUUUUAUUGUUUGCAUGUAUGUUAUCUCUUUCCCAUGAUAAAAUUGAUAAUUUAAGGC